CCCUGAGCUCCGACAACAUCCAGUUGGCCCUACAUAUUCGCAUGAGCCUCAACCGCGAGGCGAAAUGUCGCAAAGCAGAGAGCCAGCAGAUCAAGCUGGAGAACGAGGAGAUGGACGGCCCUUGGGAGCAGGUGGAUGUUCGGGCCUCGCUACGGGACUCGGGAUCAUCGGCGGCGACCUCCACGUCGACGCCGGCACGGCCUACACUACAACGGAUGCAGCCGCAGGGGCGACUGAUCGCUCAUCAGGACGCGAGGGGCCACAUCUUCUACACGAUCGAGGGCUCGGAGCAGGACAACAGCACGAAGCGGAUGACGGACGCCUUCCUGCAGGAGCACCUACCGAACUGGGAGAUGUGGUCCAGCAAGCUUCUCCAGCAGUGGACGCAGUGCCGUCGCUGGGGGCGAAUCAUCCAGAAGGUCUUCAUCAAGACGAUCGAUCGUGUGAACUGGAAGCUGGACAGCCUCGGACUACCUGUGCAGUUGCUACCCGAGAGGUACCCGACCUGGCCGGCGGACAUCGAGCAUCGUGCGAAGAUCGAGCCACACCAGCCGUGCACGGAGCCGAAGCAGCGCCCCCUGUCCCAGAAGUCAGCAGCCUCAGCAGCCGCGCGCGAGCAGAAUCAAGAGCUGCGAGCCACCAUCGAGACCGCAAAGUUAGAUUUCUUGACCAAGUUUGCGGAGGUGGAUGCGUUCGCAGCGCUGAGCUCGGAGCAGAUCCACGAGCAGCUCAGCAUGGUUACGUUGGUCAACCACCUCAAGCCGCUGUGCAAGAUGUGGGGACUGACCCAGACUGGCAAGAAGGAGGAGGUGAUCGACAAGAUCAUCGCGUACAUCAUCGAGCAGCGCGGCACGGCGGCAGCGACUAUCCAGAUCAAGAAGGAGACGGAGACCAAGAAGAUGGAGACGACGGCAAUGGCCGUGGGCCCGGCGAUCUCAGCUCACUACACUCAGAUGUGCCAGCACCCGGACUGCAAGCUACGCCGAUGCAUCGCCAAAAACGAGCCGAUCGUGAAGAUGAGGCUCUACGGUUGGUGCCACCAGGCGUGUGCGGUCAGGUCGGCCAUUUUCGGAGCCAUGUGCGCCCUCGCAACCUUCGGCCGCCUGACGAUGGUCGAAGCGUGCACCCACGAGGACUCGAAUCUCGGGAAGGUGUGCGACGAGAAGGGCUACCACUACGAGCGGCUCGGCCUCUUCAACGAGAACGACCUCAGCAAGCCGCAGGGCUACCACAAGGCGAAGUUCCUGCUAGACGAGAAGCGCCCGGAGCUCUUCGUCAGUACACCACCCUGCGGUCCAUGGUCGAUAAUGCAGAAUGUCAACCAGCGCAACGAUCAACAGAAGGAGAACCUUCGCAGGAAGCGGCUCAAGAGCCAGCGGAUCUUCGAGAACAACAAGAGGCUCAUCGAGCACCAGGUGCUCAACCUGAACGGCUCGGCCCUCGCCGAACAGCCCCACAACAGUCGUUCGUGGCAGAAGACCUGCUGGAAGGAUCUCCACAAGAUCCUACCGUACGAGGUGAUCGUGGAUGGCUGCGCCUGCGGACUACGAGCCCCUGACACGGGCGAGCUCAUGAAGAAGCGCUGGAAGUUCUUGACGAAUGACAGGAGGAUCUGGGUAGCCCUACAACCUCUACAGUGCCGUGGAGGACACUACCACGAGGAGAUAGAGAGCAGCUUGAGGACCGAGGCCUCGGGCUCCUACCCCAAGAUGCUGUGCCGCCGGAUCCUCAGGGCUCUGACCAAGAGCCAGAACCAGAACUACUUCGAGGACGAGGUUGUGAACUGCCUCUGCAUGGCAGCUACCCAGCAGCCACCGACAGAGCCUACGCCAGAGGAGGACGAGCCGACUCUUCCACCACGAGACGGCAAGGAAGCGCACAACCUCACCAACGAGACGGUCAAGAAGCUCGAGAGCUACAUCAGAUUGGUGCUUUUUGACGCUUUCUCGUGGAUCCGUCGCAGCACGAACACGAACGUGAUGGCGCUGGCGAUACUCGACGCCGGCUCGGACAUCCUCUACGUGCGGCUGAUCGACGAGAAGCCGAUCCCGGUCAUGCGCUACGACCCUGCCGGCAGCGCCAUCUCCGACGAGUUCCGCGAGUGGAUCGAGAGCCAGGGAGUCUACUGUCUCCCAUGCGCGGCCGACGCCCACUGGCAGAUCGGCAAGAUCGAGCGUGCCACUGAAGCCUUCAAGGAGGCCCUCGACGCUUUCGACGAGAUGGUCUCAGCCGAAGUACCCACCAGCGAGAUGUUCGGACUCCAGACGGCGGCCAGGAACGACCUGAUCAGGAUCGACGGGUUCAGCCCGCUGCAGCGCUAUGCGGGACGGACGCCGACUGGGACGACAGUCAAUCUGUCGGACGAGCCGAACAACCUGCCGCUCAUCAGUGCCGAGCUGCAGGACGGUACCUUCAGCAGGGACGCCCAGGUACGACGAAUGGCGCGGCUUGCUCACAUCCAGACCGAGAACUCUGACCGAGUCAAGCGAGCGGAGGCCGCGCGCUUCAGAAGGGACAGCCUCGCUCAAUGCCUGGGCGAGGACGCUGGUACGGACCUGGACGAGUACUUUGUCACGAGCCAGCGAGCUCGGGACACCGACCUGGUCUACCUGGAACGGUGGUCAAUAUCACACUGGCUGGCCGCCUCUACCGAGUUGCUCCAGAACAACUUCGACCUGCCACCGGACCCUGGGCCAUCUCUGAAGACGAUGAUCGUCCUGUACCACAAGGAGAUCCUCGCAGUCUUGACCCAGGAGGCGGCGGAGGCGGCGGAGGUGGUGGAGCCUUGGCGGCGCCACCAGGACUGGAAGAGCGACCUCUACCUGGACCGCGACCUCCCAGACGUAUGCAUUCUACAGGAAGGCGGCCACGAAGCUGGACUACCCGAGGCAGCUGAGCAGCCCAUCGAGGAGGAGAUCGUCAUGGAAGCCCCUCCCGGCGACGACCAGGAGGAGCGCGCGUCGCAGCGGCCCAUCGUGGCGGAGACUGACGAUGACCUCGACGAUAUCUCGGCGCCCGACGUGAACGAUAAGCGCCGGAUCCGAGAGCCCGGCACAACCGAGCCCCCGGCUAAGAAGCAGCGGGUCAACGCUGCGACCCAGGAGGCCUUCUCCUACUACCUGCAGGAGGGCAACUUCUACAGCGACUAUGCCUACAGUGUCCAGCAGUACGACGAUAUGAAGGAGAACGACGAACUUAUCGUGCUGGACAUCCCUGUCAGCAACGAGCAUGCGUUCAUGGCCUACAUGGACGAUCCCAGCAACUUCGUGGCAUCGCAGGCCCGCAAGGGCCGAGUGGAGGUCUCAUUUAAGAAGGCGACGCCUGAGGAGAAGAAGCUGCUACUCGAGGCCCAGCAGAAGGAGUGCACCUCAGUCCUCAGCACGAAGGCCGUCAGGAUCCUCAGCCGACAGGGGAUCGACCCGGCGCGCCUGCUGCGCUGUCGCUUCGUGCUGACCUGGAAGAAGGAUAACCAGGGGAACGUACUACGAGGCAAAGCCAGACUGGUCGUGCUCGGUUUCAGCGACCCCGACCUGCUGCACCUACGGACAGAAUCACCCGUUGCCUCCAGACGUGCACGUCAACUUCUACUGGCCAUGGCAGCCAGACACAAGUGGAAACUGGAGAAGGCCGAUGCAGUGACAGCCUUUCUCCAGGGCGAGACGGACGAGGAGAAGAGGAAGAUCUACGCGGACCCGCCCAAGGAUGUGCGUCAGGCCUUCGGCAUGAAAGACGACGAGGUCCUGCAGUUCCUCAAGCCUAUGUACGGAUUUGUACAUGCUCCUCGCAAAUGGUGGCUCCAUUUCAAGGACGCGCUCAAGACGCUGCAGCUGGAAGUGAUACAGUGCGAGCCGUGCGUCUGGGUCAUUCGAGACGGCACGAAGCUGGUUGGCAUGGUUAUCCUACACGUCGACGACAUGAUGAUCGCCGGCGACCAUCACAACUCGGCAUUCCUCAAGAAACGACAGCAGAUACAACAGGCCUUCGAGUGGACACCUUGGGAGAGCCGAGCGUUUGUGCAGUGCGGCAUCAGUAUUCGACAGAAUGAGGACUACACCUGCAGUCUCGCACAGGACAGCUACAGCCUGAACGUGGAGCCCAUCAAGAUACGACGUGGACGCAAGCCCACGGAAGGAGUUUCAGACAAAGAGAGAUCAGAUCUACGAGGCCGACUUGGUACAGUCGGAUGGCGAGCUCAGCAGUCGGCCCCGUGGCUCAGUGCAGAAGUCUCUCUACUCCAAGCGGAGAUACCUACGGCGACGGUCUCUACCAUCCAGAAGAUCAACAAGCUGAUCCGCACCAUGAAUGACACUGCCGACGUAGUCAUGCUCAUCCCGGCCAUCGAGCAGAUCGCUGUGGUUGGCUGGGGCGAUGCUGCCUGGGCCGCUCGUAUUACUGGCGAGUCCCAGGGUGGCGAGAUGAUCGUGCUGGCACCACUGUCUUUCCUGAGUGGCUCGACAGAGACGGUAGCGCCUAUCUCAUGGAGAUCAUGCAAGCUACCGCGAGUGGCCAGAAGCAGUACGAGUGCGGAGGUUCAGAUGAUGACAGAGACCCUCGACGAGAUCAGCUACGUGCGCUUGUUCAUCUAUGAGUUAGAGUGCGGCCAAGUGGACUACACCAACAAGCAACACGUGAACGACGCCAUCUCAUCCUGCCCUGGCGUACUGGUCACAGACGGUAAGUCGGGCUACGACGCGAUCGAGAAGAGAGAGUCAGCUGGUCUCGGCCUACGUGACAAGCGGACGAGCAUCGAGUGUCUAGGCAUUCGACAGCAGAAGGAGCAGACGGCCCUCCAGAUACGCUGGGUCCACAGCGAUGCCAUGCUAGCCGACGGCCUCACCAAGGAUCGAGCCGCCAAGGUCUUGCUGGAGUUCUUCCGGUCAGGUCAGCGCUGGAGACUCGUGGACGACCCCCUGCACCGCAGUGCCAGGAAGCGCAAGACCGAGGGCAUGGACAGGCUGGACCACGGCAAGCCGUUAUCAGCAGACGACGAUGAAGCUAUGCUGGAGGCCCUGAUCUACUUCGCUCGCGACAAUCCCUACGAGCAGGAGACCCCUGCCGGAGAUAUAGCCCUUUGGGGCACUGUGAAGCCUCUCACGCGCUCUGUGCUUUCUGUGAAUUCAGUGGCCAGCGAGGCAGGUCUCAGCAUGCCCAUCAUGGGCAUCGAGGCUGCCGAGAACCUACGCGAUAUCAUCUAUGAGCAGACGGGCAAGAACAUCAAGAUGGACGUUAGCCAGAAGAGUACCUUUAUCUUUGGAGAUGGCAACGCCAAGACCUGCACCGGCAAGGCAACCUUUCCUCUGAUGAUCGCCGGUGUGGACGGCGAGCUCGAGAUAAACAUCCUCGACGCAGGUGCCCCGCUCUUGAUCGGAGUGGAUGUUUUGAGCCGCCUAGGAGCUGUGAUCGACUGCGAGGCACAUUCUGUCUACUUCAAGAAGCUCGGGCGCCGAGCUGAACUGCUCGUCCUUCCGAGCGGCCUCAUGUACAUCAUCAUCAUUUACGAGUACGGGGGCACCAUCACCAAUUACGCCUACAGCAACAUCAUCAUCAUCAUUUACAAGUACGGGGACAUCAUUGAUUACGUCGGGGACAUCAUCACUUACGUCCGGGACAUCAUCCGUAUCAGCCCCGGCUCCAUCACCUACGGCAUUAUCGGAGUUAUCUCCAGAGCCCUGAGCUCCGACAACAUCCAGUUGGCCCUACAUAUUCGCAUGAGCCUCAACCGCGAGGCGAAAUGUCGCAAAGCAGAGAGCCAGCAGAUCAAGCUGGAGAACGAGGAUAUGGACGGCCCUUGGGAGCAGGUGGAUGUUCGGGCCUCGCUACGGGACUCGGGAUCAUCGGCGGCGACCUCCACGUCGACGCCGGCACGGCCUACACUACAACGGAUGCAGCCGCUGGGGCGACUGAUCGCUCAUCAGGACGCGAGGGGCCACAUCUUCUACACGAUCGAGGGCUCGGAGCAGGACAACAGCACGAAGCGGAUGACGGACACCUUCCUGCAGGAGCACCUACCGAACUGGGAGAUGUGGUCCAGCAAGCUUCUCCAGCAGUGGACGCAGUGCCGUCGCUGGGGACGAAUCAUCCAGAAGGUCUUCAUCAAGACGAUCGAUCGUGUGAACUGGAAGCUGGACAGCCUCGGACUACCUGUGCAGUUGCUACCCGAGAGGUACCCGACCUGGCCGGCGGACAUCGAGCAUCGUGCGAAGAUCGAGCCACACCAGCCGUGCACGGAGCCGAAGCAGCGCCCCCUGUCCCAGAAGUCAGCAGCCUCAGCAGCCGCGCGCGAGCAGAAUCAAGAGCUGCGAGCCACCAUCGAGACCGCAAAGUUAGAUUUCUUGACCAAGUUUGCGGAGGUGGAUGCGUUCGCAGCGCUGAGCUCGGAGCAGAUCCACGAGCAGCUCAGCAUGGUUACGUUGGUCAACCACCUCAAGCCGCUGUGCAAGAUGUGGGGACUGACCCAGACUGGCAAGAAGGAGGAGGUGAUCGACAAGAUCAUCGCGUACAUCAUCGAGCAGCGCGGCACGGCGGCAGCGACUAUCCAGAUCAAGAAGGAGACGGAGACCAAGAAGAUGGAGACGACGGCAAUGGCCGUGGGCCCGGCGAUCUCAGCUCACUACACUCAGAUGUGCCAGCACCCGGACUGCAAGCUACGCCGAUGCAUCGCCAAAAACGAGCCGAUCGUGAAGAUGAGGCUCUACGGUUGGUGCCACCAGGCGUGUGCGGUCAGGUCGGCCAUUUUCGGAGCCAUGUGCGCCCUCGCAACCUUCGGCCGCCUGACGAUGGUCGAAGCGUGCACCCACGAGGACUCGAAUCUCGGGAAGGUGUGCGACGAGAAGGGCUACCACUACGAGCGGCUCGGCCUCUUCAACGAGAACGACCUCAGCAAGCCGCAGGGCUACCACAAGGCGAAGUUCCUGCUAGACGAGAAGCGCCCGGAGCUCUUCGUCAGUACACCACCCUGCGGCCCAUGGUCGAUAAUGCAGAACGUCAACCAGCGCAACGAUCAACAGAAGGAGAACCUUCGCAGGAAGCGGCUCAAGAGCCAGCGGAUCUUCGAGAACAACAAGAGGCUCAUCGAGCACCAGGUGCUCAACCUGAACGGCUCGGCCCUCGCCGAACAGCCCCACAACAGUCGUUCGUGGCAGAAGACCUGCUGGAAGGAUCUCCACAAGAUCCUACCGUACGAGGUGAUCGUGGAUGGCUGCGCCUGCGGACUACGAGCCCCUGACACGGGCGAGCUCAUGAAGAAGCGCUGGAAGUUCUUGACGAAUGACAGGAGGAUCUGGGUAGCCCUACAACCUCUACAGUGCCGUGGAGGACACUACCACGAGGAGAUAGAGAGCAGCUUGAGGACCGAGGCCUCGGGCUCCUACCCCAAGAUGCUGUGCCGCCGGAUCCUCAGGGCUCUGACCAAGAGCCAGAACCAGAACUACUUCGAGGACGAGGUUGUGAACUGCCUCUGCAUGGCAGCUACCCAGCAGCCACCGACAGAGCCUACGCCAGAGGAGGACGAGCCGACUCUCCCACCACGAGACGGCAAGGAAGCGCACAACCUCACCAACGAGACGGUCAAGAAGCUCGAGAGCUACAUCAGAUUGGUGCUUUUUGACGCCUUCUCGUGGAUCCGUCGCAGCACGAACACGAACGUGAUGGCGCUGGCGAUACUCGACGCCGGCUCGGACAUCCUCUACGUGCGGCUGAUCGACGAGAAGCCGAUCCCAGGUACUACCCGGCAAGUCCGUGCAGGCGACCUUCGGCAUAUCUUUGCUACAAAAUGGUUCCCCUGGAUGGGACGCCCGAAGGUCAUGCGCUACGACCCUGCCGGCAGCGCCAUCUCCGACGAGUUCCGCGAGUGGAUCGAGAGCCAGGGAGUCUACUGUCUCCCAUGCGCGGCCGACGCCCACUGGCAGAUCGGCAAGAUCGAGCGUGCCAUUGAAGCCUUCAAGGAGGCCCUCGACGCUUUCGACGAGAUGGUCUCAGCCGAAGUACCCACCAGCGAGAUGUUCGGACUCCAGACGGCGGCCAGGAACGACCUGAUCAGGAUCGACGGGUUCAGCCCGCUGCAGCGCUAUGCGGGACGGACGCCGACUGGGACGACAGUCAAUCUGUCGGACGAGCCGAACAACCUGCCGCUCAUCAGUGCCGAGCUGCAGGACGGUACCUUCAGCAGGGACGCCCAGGUACGACGAAUGGCGCGGCUUGCUCACAUCCAGACCGAGAACUCUGACCGAGUCAAGCGAGCGGAGGCCGCGCGCUUCAGAAGGGACAGCCUCGCUCAAUGCCUGGGCGAGGACGCUGGUACGGACCUGGACGAGUACUUUGUCACGAGCCAGCGAGCUCGGGACACCGACCUGGUCUACCUGGAACGGUGGUCAAUAUCACACUGGCUGGUCGCCUCUACCGAGUUGCUCCAGAACAACUUCCCGGGGACCUGGACCUUCGGCGAUGUCCAGAAGCAGCUCGACACCAAUGAAGUGAUCGACUUAUCGAACGAGCCCCCGCCCACUGGCGAGGACUGGAAGAGCGACCUCUACCUGGACCGCGACCUCCCAGAAGGCGGCCACGAAGCUGGACUACCCGAGGCAGCUGAGCAGCCCAUCGAGGAGGAGAUCGUCAUGGAAGCCCCUCCCGGCGACGACCAGGAGGAGCGCGCGUCGCAGCGGCCCAUCGUGGCGGAGACUGACGAUGACCUCGACGAUAUCUCGGCGCCCGACGUGAACGAUAAGCGCCGGAUCCGAGAGCCCGGCACAACCGAGCCCCCGGCUAAGAAGCAGCGGGUCAACGCUGCGACCCAGGAGGCCUUCUCCUACUACCUGCAGGAGGGCAACUUCUACAGCGACUAUGCCUACAGUGUCCAGCAGUACGACGAUAUGAAGGAGAACGACGAACUUAUCGUGCUGGACAUCCCUGUCAGCAACGAGCAUGCGUUCAUGGCCUACAUGGACGAUCCCAGCAACUUCGUGGCAUCGCAGGCCCGCAAGGGCCGAGUGGAGGUCUCAUUUAAGAAGGCGACGCCUGAGGAGAAGAAGCUGCUACUCGAGGCCCAGCAGAAGGAGUGCACCUCAGUCCUCAGCACGAAGGCCGUCAGGAUCCUCAGCCGACAGGGGAUCGACCCGGCGCGCCUGCUGCGCUGUCGCUUCGUGCUGACCUGGAAGAAGGAUAACCAGGGGAACGUACUACGAGGCAAAGCCAGACUGGUCGUGCUCGGUUUCAGCGACCCCGACCUGCUGCACCUACGGACAGAAUCACCCGUUGCCUCCAGACGUGCACGUCAACUUCUACUGGCCAUGGCAGCCAGACACAAGUGGAAACUGGAGAAGGCCGAUGCAGUGACAGCCUUUCUCCAGGGCGAGACGGACGAGGAGAAGAGGAAGAUCUACGCGGACCCGCCCAAGGAUGUGCGUCAGGCCUUCGGCAUGAAAGACGACGAGGUCCUGCAGUUCCUCAAGCCUAUGUACGGAUUUGUACAUGCUCCUCGCAAAUGGUGGCUCCAUUUCAAGGACACGCUCAAGACGCUGCAGCUGGAAGUGAUACAGUGCGAGCCGUGCGUCUGGGUCAUUCGAGACGGCACGAAGCUGGUUGGCAUGGUUAUCCUACACGUCGACGACAUGAUGAUCGCCGGCGACCAUCACAACUCGGCAUUCCUCAAGAAACGACAGCAGAUACAACAGGCCUUCGAGUGGACACCUUGGGAGAGCCGAGCGUUUGUGCAGUGCGGCAUCAGUAUUCGACAGAAUGAGGACUACACCUGCAGUCUCGCACAGGACAGCUACAGCCUGAACGUGGAGCCCAUCAAGAUACGACGUGGACGCAAGCCCACGGAAGGAGUUUCAGACAAAGAGAGAUCAGAUCUACGAGGCCGACUUGGUACAGUCGGAUGGCGAGCUCAGCAGUCGGCCCCGUGGCUCAGUGCAGAAGUCUCUCUACUCCAAGCGGAGAUACCUACGGCGACGGUCUCUACCAUCCAGAAGAUCAACAAGCUGAUCCGCACCAUGAAUGACACUGCCGACGUAGUCAUGAUCAUCCCGGCCAUCGAGCAGAUCGCUGUGGUUGGCUGGGGCGAUGCUGCCUGGGCCGCCCGUAUUACUGGCGAGUCCCAGGGUGGCGAGAUGAUCGUGCUGGCACCACUGUCUUUCCUGAGUGGCUCGACAGAGACGGUAGCGCCUAUCUCAUGGAGAUCAUGCAAGCUACCGCGAGUGGCCAGAAGCAGUACGAGUGCGGAGGUUCAGAUGAUGACAGAGACCCUCGACGAGAUCAGCUACGUGCGCCUGUUCAUCUAUGAGUUAGAGUGCGGCCAAGUGGACUACACCAACAAGCAACACGUGAACGACGCCAUCUCAUCCUGCCCUGGCGUACUGGUCACAGACGGUAAGUCGGGCUACGACGCGAUCGAGAAGAGCGAGUCAGCUGGUCUCGGCCUACGUGACAAGCGGACGAGCAUCGAGUGUCUAGGCAUUCGACGGCAGAAGGAGCAGACGGCCCUCCAGAUACGCUGGGUCCACAGCGAUGCCAUGCUAGCCGACGGCCUCACCAAGGAUCGAGCCGCCAAGGUCUUGCUGGAGUUCUUCCGGUCAGGUCAGCGUUGGAGACUCGUGGACGACCCCCUGCACCGCAGUGCCAGGAAGCGCAAGACCGAGGGCAUGGACAGGCUGGACCACGGCAAGCCGUUAUCAGCAGACGACGAUGAAGCUAUGCUGGAGGCCCUGAUCUACUUCGCUCGCGACAAUCCCUACGAGCAGGAGACCCCUGCCGGAGAUAUAGCCCUUUGGGGCACUGUGAAGCCUCUCACGCGCUCUGUGCUUUCUGUGAAUUCAGUGGCCAGAGGCAGGUCUCGAUGCCGUAACAUCGAUCUUUAG